GAUGCAGAAGCGGGCUGCCAGCACACACAGGCGAGGUGCCGGGGCGGUCUUCGGGUGCGGCGCUCGCUCGGCAGCGCGAGAAGCGCAUCUUCCAGCGCACGCCACGCCGCCGCGCCUCACCCUUCCCACCCACCACAUCCCACAACACCCCUGCCCAUCAUGUCCAACAACUACAAGGUCGCCGACAUCUCGCUUGCCGCCUUCGGCCGCAAGGAGAUCGAGAUCGCCGAGGCCGAGAUGCCCGGCCUCAUCGCCCUGCGCACCAAGUACGGCGCCGAGAAGCCGCUUGCGGGCGCGCGCAUCGCCGGCUGCCUGCACAUGACGAUCCAGACGGCCGUGCUCAUCGAGACGCUCGUCGCCCUCGGCGCCCAGGUCACCUGGUCCUCGUGCAACAUCUUCAGCACGCAGGACCACGCCGCCGCCGCCAUUGCCGCGACGGGCGUGCCCGUCUUUGCCUGGAAGGGCGAGACGGAGGAGGAGUACCAGUGGUGCAUCCAGCAGACGCUCAAGGCGUUCCCCGACGGCAAGGCGCUCAACAUGAUCCUCGACGACGGCGGCGACCUCACGUGGAUGAUCCACGAGAAGUACCCCGAGCUGCUCGCCGACAUCAAGGGCGUUUCCGAGGAGACGACGACCGGCGUGCACCACCUCUACACGGCCAUGAAGCGCGGCACGCUCAAGAUCCCCGCCAUCAACGUCAACGACUGCGUGACGAAGAGCAAGUUCGACAACUACUACGGCUGCCGCGAGUCGCUCGUCGACGGCAUCAAGCGCGCCACGGACGUGAUGCUCGGCGGCAAGGUCGCCAUCGUCGCCGGCUUCGGCGACGUCGGCAAGGGCUGCGCCGAGUCGCUGCGCGGCUACGGCGCGCGCGUCAUCGUCACCGAGAUCGACCCCAUCAACGCGCUGCAGGCCGCCAUGGCCGGCUACGAGGUCAACACGAUGGACGACUGCGCCUCGAUUGCCAACAUCUUCGUCACCACGACGGGCUGCCGCGACAUCAUCACCGCCAAGCACUUCGAGGCCAUGCAGGAGGACGCCAUCGUGUGCAACAUCGGCCACUUCGACAUUGAGAUCGAUGUCGCCUGGCUCAAGGCCAACGCCAAGGAGUGCAUCAACAUCAAGCCGCAGGUCGACCGCUACACGCUCGCCAACGGCCGCCACAUCAUCCUCCUCGCCGACGGCCGCCUCGUGAACCUCGGCUGCGGCACGGGCCACCCGUCGUUCAUCAUGAGCUUCUCGUUCGUCGCGCAGACGCUCGCGCAGAUCGAGCUCUGGGCCAACAACACCGACAACAAGGUGUACGAGCAGGGCAAGGUGUACUUCCUCUCCAAGGAGCGCGACGAGGAGAACGCGACGGCGCACCUGCAGAAGCUCAACGUCAAGCUCACCAAGAUGACGCAGGUGCAGGCCGACUACCUCGACCUCCCGCUCGCGGGCCCCUUCAAGGCCGGCCACUACCGCUACUAAGCGCGUCGCCGCCGCCCCCGCCUGCAACGCCGUGUGUCCGCGCGCGAGCGGCCCCGUCUUUUCAACACCAGACGGAUGUCCCGUGCGCCUGACCUAGUUGCGCCAUAUUCCCCGUCGUGGCCACGUCUCUCUCUCAUCGUUCCUUUAUC